CAUGUUCGUUUCCGGCAUCAGCUCUGCUCCACGCUGACAACCCGUGGGCUGGUAACACGUCCAUGUGCUCGAGCUAAACACGGGAUACCAUCACAACGGGAGCUUUAGUCACACUGUCCGUCGCGCUGGUCUUUUCAUUCAGGUUCAAAUAAGGACGGGAUGAGGAACCGAAAUGGUGGCGGUCUGGACAGUCGACUCAAAUACAGAGUGGAGCAGUAUAUGACGACCUGCACCAGUGAAUAUGUGGACCUUUCAGCCAUGGCCCUGGCACUUCAAAAGCUGUUCAGAAUGGACUAUGGCAGGAGAAACAGGAACGCUUUCAGGAUUCAAGUAGAGAAAGUGUAUGACGCAUACAUGGAGGACUCCGGGCUGAAUGAUCAUGAGAGCAAACACUUGGCUAAGAGAGCCAAGCACAGCCACAAUGACACUGGUGACGGCAGCAGCUUAGAGUCCUCUGACACUGAUGACCACGUACAGGAGAACACCCCCACCAACCACAUGAACAGCUCUCUUACGUCUCUGUACCGGAAGGGACUCCCUGACCCCAGCGGCAGCUCACCUGCUGCCAGCUCUCCUUCUUCUAGCACGGCCAACCAGCCUCCAGGUUCAGGGACGCUGGUUUCCACCGGAGGCUGGUUCAUUGAUCGAGGCAGAGGGCCGGAGAAGAGCAACGUCCUCAUCGACCUGCGUGAAGAGGAGCCAACUCAUUUUGCAACAAAUACAGAUGUGUCCCUGCUGGAGCCGGAGAAAUCUCACAAAAAGUCCAAAAAAAAGAUGAAGCUAUCUACUGAAACUACAGAGUCUCGAAUCGUGGUUAAGAAAGCCAAAUCAAAGUCCCUCGAGCUGCAUUAUCCCACUCUGAAGUUCGAAGAUGUCGGAGGUAACGAUGAGACGUUAACGGAGGUGUGUAGGCUGCUGAUCCAUAUGCGUCACCCAGAGGUGUACCAGCAGCUUGGAAUGGUUCCUCCAAGGGGCUUCCUCCUACAUGGACCUCCUGGCUGUGGAAAGACCCUGCUGGCCCAGGCUGUGGCUGGGGAGCUGCAGCUGCCCAUGUUAAAGGUGUCUGCUCCGGAGCUGGUGUCCGGAGUGUCCGGAGAGUCUGAACAGAAGCUCAGAGAGCUGUUCGACAUGGCUGUGAGCUCUUCACCGUGUAUUCUGUUCAUCGAUGAAAUCGAUUCCAUCACCCCAAAGAGGGAGGUGGCUUCUAAAGACAUGGAGAGGAGGAUUGUAGCCCAACUGCUAACGUGCAUGGACGACUUGAACAGCCUGACGGUGACAGCUCAGGUCAUGGUCAUCGGGGCCACCAACAGGCCCGACUCCCUGGACCCCGCCCUCCGCCGAGCUGGACGAUUCGAUAGAGAGAUCUGCCUUGGGAUCCCAGACGAAGCCGCUCGUCUCAGGAUCUUGAAGACGUUGUGUCGAAAGCUGAAGUUGCAGGAGGACUUUGACUACCAGAAGCUGGCCCGGCUCACCCCGGGCUACGUGGGCGCGGACCUUAUGGCGCUGUGCCGCGAAGCUGCCAUGAGCGCCGUCAGCCGGGUUCUGCUGGAAAUGAGAGGACAGAGCAAAGGACGGAGCUCGACCGAAGAGCUUUUGACGAGCGGAGCUCAGACUGAGGCGGUGACGGAUGGCGAGGUCGGAGAGUUAGGAGAGCAGCCGGUCACAGACGUCAAGCCGGUACCUCAAGAGUCAGAACCCAGUCACCUGCAGCAGGGAGAUCUGUGGCACCUGCUGCAGUUGUUGAAGAACACUGCGACGCUCUCGGAGGAGCAGCUGGCCGGCCUGGCCAUCCUCAUGUCGGACUUCCUGGCCUCUCUGUCCAGCGUCCAGCCCUCAGCCAAGCGGGAGGGCUUUGCCACCGUGCCGGACGUCACCUGGGAGGACGUGGGAGCCCUGCAGGACAUCAGAGAGGACCUCACCAUGGCCAUAUUGGCUCCAGUGCGUUCUCCAGAGCAGUUCAAGGCUCUGGGCCUCAGUGCUCCGUCUGGUGUGCUGCUGGCCGGACCUCCAGGAUGUGGAAAAACCCUGCUGGCCAAGGCGGUGGCCAAUGAGUCGGGCCUCAACUUCAUCUCCGUCAAGGGUCCAGAGCUGCUCAACAUGUAUGUGGGCGAGAGCGAGCGGGCGGUCAGACAGGUGUUCCAGAGAGGACGCAACUCGGCCCCUUGCGUCAUCUUCUUUGAUGAGAUCGAUGCCCUGUGUCCUCGCCGCUCGGGCCACGAGUCGGGAGCCAGUGUGCGGGUCGUCAACCAGCUGCUCACAGAGAUGGACGGCUUGGAGACUCGCCGGCAGGUCUUCAUCAUGGCUGCCACCAACAGACCAGAUAUCAUCGACCCUGCCAUACUGAGGCCAGGUCGUCUGGAUAAAAUCUUGUAUGUAGGUCUGCCCCCUCCAGCUGACCGCCACGCCAUCCUGCUCACUAUCACUAAGGCGGGGACCAAACCUCAGCUGGAGCCGGACGUCUGUCUCCAAGAGAUUGCCUUGGAUGAGCGCUGUGACUGCUUCAGUGGAGCCGACCUGACUGCCUUAGUGAGGGAAGCAUCGAUUAACGCCCUGAGGGCUCACCUCAAGUCUCAGCCUUCACAAGCGUCUUCUCCUGGUCUCUUCACAGGUCACACCUUCUCUUCUGGAUCUGUCGCCGACAUCCGAGUGAGCAAACAGAACUUUGAUGAUGCCUUCAAGAAAGUUCGUCCAUCUGUGUCCAAAAAGGAGCAGAAGAUGUACGAGCUGCUCAGAGAGACGCUCAGCCGAUAACCACGAGGACGGUUCAGCUCGACAUGUUGUUAUGGUUGCAUCAUAAUGCUGAUGCCUGCCUUUUUAAUAAAGUGUGUGUGUAGACAAUAGA